AUGGGCGGGAAUUUGAUGCAUAAGAGUUCCCUGGUAAAGACACGUGUCAAGUUGGAGGUGCAAAAGAGGGACACUUGGCAUCCAAAGACAAGUACGAGUGUUGGCACAGCUGUUGUUCCUGCACCAAAGUUACCAUCUGAAAUUACUGGAAAGACUGUUGAGGAGAUCAUCAAGGAGUGGAAUGUGGAGCUCCAGGAAAAAACCGGAAAGUUCCGAAAGCAAGCUAAUGCACUUGCUGACUGGGACAAGAUAAACAAAACAAACAGGCAGAAGUUGUUAAAGUUGUUGAGACCCAAUCAAACCAUGAGCGCCAGCUUGAACUUAUCGAGACUCAUCAGCAAGGGUUUGACAAGUCUUUACAAUGUGUGGAAGAAGAAGCUGAGCGAAUAUACAAAGAUGAACAUGACUUACUUCUUGAUGAUGAAGCAGCUUCAACCAGAGAUGCAAUGUAUGAGCAAGCUGAAUUCACAGAGAGAGAAAUGGAACAAAUGA